UUUUUUUUUUUUUUUUUUGGUCCUGUUUAGUAUAGUUUACCUUUAAAUAUUGUUUUCACAUUACUCUUUAUCCUCCUAUUUUAACAUACCCAGUCACUUCUCUCUUUUAUUCAACUAAUACAUACCUUCUCUUUUAUUACUCAUCAAAACUCCAUGACAAAGAUUCCUCGUAAGAAGCUUGUAGUAGUAGGUGAUGGUCAUUGUGGCAAAACAAGUUUAUUAGUGGUGUAUCAGAAAGGGACUUUUCCGGAGAGAUAUGUACCUACCGUUUUUGAAAAUUAUAUUGCCAAUGUACAACUAGAUAAUCGUACAGUGGAAUUAGCACUUUGGGAUACAGCUGGUCAAGAAGAAUAUGAUCGAUUACGACCUUUAUCUUAUCCUGAAGCCAAUGUGAUUCUCAUUUGUUUUGCUAUUGAUCAACCUACCUCCUUUGCAAAUGUACAAGAUCGAUGGUUACCAGAAGUAACUCAUUUUUGUGAAAAUGUACCUAAAUUGUUGGUUGGAACAAAAAGUGAUCUUCGUGAAGAUAAUGUCCGUAUUGCACAACUCAAUGCUAUGGGUCAUCAACUGAUUCCUUAUGAAGAGGGUGAACGACUAGGAAGGGAAAUUGGGUCCAAGUAUUACGAAUGCAGUGCAAAGCUAAAUCAAAACGUCAAUGAAGUCAUAUCCGCAGCUACUAGAUCAGCCAUGAGUGGGGGAAUCAUGCGUCUACAUCGCAAGUUUUGUAAAGUAUUGUAGUUAUUAGUACCCAUCAUUUCUUUUUUAUUAUUAUUGGUCCACUUUUUUUUUCUUUUUUUUUUCCUUUCAUCAUUUAUGACUUCCAUAGUAUUUUUUCCUCUUUAUGAUUUGAUCUCUUACACAUCUCCUUUUAUACUCUCUCUCCAGUUUAUGGGAUACCCUCUUUGUCUCUCUCUUCUUUUUUUAUUUUUCCUUUCAUCCUUCUUGUUUCUUUAUAUUCUUC